GACAGAAGAUCCAGGGUCAGAGAAACACAAGUGUCCGGUCGGCCUACAAUUGAAACCGCCUCUGCCUAAAGCUCAGCCCUCAGAGGGUAUAAAGAGCAGCAGACGCUCCAGUCCAGCUUCAGACCAGCUUUACCUGCGCUACAUCACAACUACAGCUACUCAAUACUACUGCAAUGCUGUCCCGGACAGUGUUUGUUCCGUUGAUCUUGGCGUUUGUGGGUGUCUCCAUCUCAGCCCCAGUGAGCAAUAACAAUGGAACUGAUAACGACGAAUCAGCUGCAGACCAGCGACACAUCUUUACUGUUCAGUUUAAUGUUGGUACUCCAGCGCCUGCAGAUGGAGACUCAGUAACUACAGACGGCAAAGACUCCGCAGAGAAAAAUGAAGCUCCCGGUGACUCGUCUGACACCACUGAAAAACCAGGAACUACAGACGGAAAAGAUUCAGCAGAGCAACAUGGAGUAACUACAGACGGAAAAGAUGAAGCAGAGCAACAUGGAGUUACUACAGACGGACAAGAUUCAGCAGAGAAACGUGGAGAGGCUGAUGGGGCUCCUGACAAACCAGACACACAAAACGGAACAGACGACACGGACUCAGACCAAGAGACAGAUGCAUCGCAUCACAAAACUGGAGAUUCAGAUGAGAACAAAGACAAACCGUCAGCCGAGGACCACACAGACGGCAAUCACGCUGGAAAAGAUUCAACUGAUUCAAAGGAAUCACCAGACACCACUGACAAGCCAGAAGGACCAGACUCAGAUUCAGCCCCAGAUGGAGACUCUGCAAGUGCAGAAAAGACUGAUUCUGAUCAUUCACCUGAUGAGGACGCAAACAAAUCCUCCACAGCAGAUAAAGAUGAUACAUCUGACAAGGAUUCUUCACAGACAGAUGAAAAGCACGACUCUGAUGCCUCCGACAAAGACGAAAAACAUGAAGACAAAGAUGAAAAGAGCGACGAGAAAGACUCCAGUAAAGACUCGGAAGACAAGAGUCAAGAAAAGUCUGACAAAAGUGACGACGGCAGCAACUCCGAGGCUGACGAGCAGAAAGAAUCUGUCGAAUCCAAAGACCACGAUUCGGACUCACAAGACUCCGACAGCGCAGAGAAGAAGGAAAAGCAUGAUGAUAAAGACCAGGACUCCUCGGAUUCAGCUGACUCUAAAGACAGCGAUGAGGAUAAAGAUAAAGAUCACAGCGAGCAGAAGGACUCUGAAGACCACGAACACAAAGAAAAGCACACCAAAGACAAGGAGGAGCAUAAAGACAGCGAUGAGGGGAAAGAUGACGAGGACAAAUCCAAGUCAGACGAACACGACAAAGACGAGUCUGAAUCAAAAGAAGCUAGCAAGUCCGAUGAGAGUGAACAAGAGGAAAAGAAAGACGACAAAUCUGAUUCUGACAACUCCAGUCGGGAUUCACAUUCAGACUCCGACUCUGAUUCACAUUCAGACUCCGACUCUGAUUCACAUUCAGACUCACACUCUGAUUCUGAUUCUGAUUCACACUCUGAUUCUGAUUCUGACUCAGAUUCGGAUUCGGACUCAGACUCAGAUUCCGAUUCAGAUUCGAACAGCAGAGAUAAAGAUGAGAAGAAAGAUAAGAGCUCAGAGUCCAGAGAUGAAGACAGUUCGGACAGCGACAGCAAAAGCAACUCGGAGAGCUCAGAAACUGCUGAAGAAGACACUAAUGACGACAAGGACUCCAGUGUGGAAAAGGACAAAACAGAUUCGUCUGACAGUGCAUCGGUAGAGGCAAAUGACUCUGACGAUGAGCAUGACGACGACUCCAAAGAUGCUACACCAUCAAGUGAGGACCACACUGCUGAAAAAACUGACGAAGACAGCCAUGAUGUUUCAGAUGAUGAUGACGACAUUGAUGCUCAUGAUGAUGAAGCUGGGGUUGAGCAUGGCACAGAUGAGGCUUCUAAACCCCACCAGGAACCAGAUCAUCAUGACGACACAACACAUGGAUCAGAUGAUGGCAGGAAAACUUCUAUGCCGAUUUCCUAGCAACGAGGACUCAAGAACACUAUAACAGAUUUUCCUGAAGAGACUUUUCAAAAGAAGAAUCAACUGAGACAGUCAAGAUAACCAGAGUUUCACGUCCCAUUAAAACACAUUGACAUGUCUUUCUCUCUCUCUCCCUCUUUCUCUCUCAUAUGGUGAAGGUUCCUUUCCAAGGGCUCUGGGAUGCAGAUUAAAUUAUUCGGCUGUUUGCUGUACAAUUCCGUCAUCUUUAUUUUUUAACUUUGUCCUAAUUCUAGUACUUUUGUAUCAUUUGAUAUAUUAACUUUACCCAUAUUAGAUGGAAAUGCAUGAGGAUCUGGAGUUUGGAAGCUUAGGUUUUUGUCUGUGUGUGUGUGUGUGUAUGUGGGGUCCUAAUAUAUUUCAUUUGGAGUGAUGUAUUAAACCUAGAGAGCAUAGAACUAACUGAAGGCAUCUGAGGAAAGAAUGAAGGAUUAAGAUGAACAUUCUGUUCCAUCAAACCUGGUAUGGUUGUGGUGGUUUGUCCACAUGGUGUCCUCGUCUUUUGACACUGCAGAUAAUUCCCGCUCUCCACUCUCAGAUACAAACACCGGCCUGAAAUGUGACAGAGUGAGAUCUUUUGCAACACCCCAAAUACAUGAUUUAAGGCUGUACACAGUGUAAACAUCUGCUAAUUAACAGUUGUCAUAUUUUUUAGAUUUACAGGUGUUUAAUAUUCAUUUACAGUUUUGAUUUGCAUUUUGGGACCUUGAUCUCUGCUCUGUCAACAUUCGAUCCAUCUCUGCAUUUAAUAAAGUGACUUUUAUUGACAUUUGAGUAGUUUGAAACGAUGUAAAAUAAAUUAUUUAUAUAUGAAUAAGUCUGUAAAAUAACAGGAAAUGUACUGGCAGUGCAUUACCAGGUUUUUGUAAUGUAAUUUACCACACAAAUACAAACAAUAUCAAACUUCGAAUAUCACUUCCAACUAUUAAAAAUGUCAAUAAAAGUAAUUUUUCAAAAUUGUCAACAUGAAAAGCGAAGAUCAAAGUCACACAAAGCAAUUCAAAAGCAUAAAUACUCCACCAAAAAAGAAAUAAAUAAACAAAACAUGGAUCACAAAACACGGACAGCUGUUCAUUUAUGGAUAUUUCUACAGUGCAUUUUCUUAUAGAAUCUCUGAUGUCUUUGUCUAUGUGGAGGAAUACUAAUAAACUAGCAAUGUACGAGCACAGAUUGUUCUGAAAACUGUUUCAAAAAAAUAUUUUGUAUAGAUUUAAAGUCAAUUUAAUAUGUACACAGGGAGCAAAUCUAAUAAAGACUGGGUUGUCAGAAAAUCA